AGUCGCCAUCAUGGUUGCUCACAUUGUCUCUUGGGUCUGCAUUGCCCUCUCUUGCCUCGCCUUCGCAGGAUUGGCAGAAGGCGCCAACCUUCGAGCAGGAUCGUGCGAAUACAACGGCAAAACAUACUGGGGAGGUCAGACCAUCGAGUCUCUGCCGGAGCAAUGCACUGAGCUCAAGUGCAAGUGGUCCGCCGACGGGAACCCGACGGUGCAGCUGAUGCCCAUCGACGGAUGCAGCUGCACCACCGUCAGGGCUCUCCCGACCGACCACGAAGCGGAGGACCUCCACGCCCAGACCCGCCAGACCAAGAGCCAGUGUCUGUUCAACGGCCAGCUCAGGUGGGGCGGCGCCGUCCUCGACCGGAUCGACGUGAACUGCGUCAAGCUCGUCUGCAAGAGUGUGGCCGGCGCGCAGAACUUCAUCGAGACGCAGGUCACGUCGGGCUGCACCUGCACGCAGCAAACAACCACGACUACGACCACAACGACACCCUCUACCACGUCUACAACCACGUCUGCAACGACAUCAACUACCACACCCACUACCACCACACCUACAACCACCACACCCACAACAACCACACCCACCACAACCACACCUACAACAACCACACCCACAACAACCACACCCACAACAACCACACCCACAACUACCACACCUACAACCACUACGCCCACAACCACCACUCCAACAACAACCACACCCACAACCACCACUCCCACAACCACAACAGAAGACGCCACAGUCAAGGGCUGCAAGGAGGAGACCACCACAGAGCCGCCCACAACCACAGUGUCUGUCACGGACACCACCCAAGCCUGUGCUGGCACGGACACUGUUACUGCUUAGGCCACUGGCAGGGUCUCAUCCCAAACUAUAAUAAA